AUGGGAGCGAAAGAGGAUAAAAAAUUGAAAGAUAAGAAGCUACCAGAAAAGAGAAGUAAAUCUGCUGAUAAUAAAUGGAGUGCCAUUACUAAUAAUCGUCUCACAAAUGCCGUUUCUCGUAGCUUACCAACAAUCAGUCGUCUCAAGAAAGAUGCUGAUGCAACACCUAAAACGAUUAUUGAAAAGCCGGAGAAAAAGAAACGACGAAGGAAGAAAAAGAAUUUGGACGAUGAAGCCAAUUUCUCUCCGGAUGAGCCGCCUAAACCUAAAAUUAUAAUUCCAAAGGAAGACAAACGGAAAAAAACUUUAUGGCGACAUAUCAUGUGGCUUGUUGUUCUGUUUGCUUAUUCCUUACUUGGAGGAUUACUGUUCAGUGCUAUAGAAGGUGGUUAUGAUAAGGUUGUUUUACUGUCUGACUAUGAAAGAAGUAUGACUCUCUUCCGAAGAAGACAUAACUAUCAAUCAGAUCUUAUAAGCAGGUUUCGAGAAAUAGCUAGGCUUAAACCUGUUAUAUUCAACAAUAAGGGAAGAUCUGCUGUCAACAAGACAGAGUUACUACGUCAUGCCUUAGAAUGGUAUGAACGAAAACUUGGAUUCACCAAUGACGUACCCGUGCAAAUGGACACGAAAUGGAAUUUAUGGGGUGGAGUAUACUAUGCAGCUAGUUUGUAUACAACCAUAGGGUAUGGAAACUUUCAUCCAAAAACGAAUACAGGACGGAUUGUUUCAAUGCUCUAUGCAUCUGUGGGCAUUCCGCUUGUAUUCACUAUUCUGUUAGAAUGGGGUUUCUUGUACUUUACAUGGAUUGAGUAUGGCUGGAAUUGGCUCAGUGAGAAGUUCUGCCAGAAAAGUCUGCAGAGACAAGUUGAGAAACGUUAUCUACGAGAGAGAGUUCGUAGAGUUGGCAGUGAGCUUUCCUUAAGAAGUAUGUCGACAGUUCCUCUGUUGAGUGUUCAUCGAACUACAAGCAACCAAGUGAACACUAUUGAUCAUCAAAUCGAAUCAAACAAGCCUUUAAAAGAGCUUGAUAUUGUGUUAGCUGACCAAGAGCAGGCUCAGACAGUUCCUAUGAAAGCAGCUUUAAUCUUCUUUGUUAUGUGGCUAUGUUUCUCUGCUUUCAUUGUUCGUCUGUGGGAGUAUGAAUGGACAUAUUUCACAGCUUUUUAUUUCUUCUUCACUUCACUUACAACUAUAGGGCUUGGUGAUGUAGUUACAAAAACUCCAAACUUCAUCAUUUUCAAUCUGGCAAUGACGUUGAUUGGACUAUCGGUUGUAGGAUUAUGCGUAGCUAUCGUCCAGGCAAAAGUACGUCUAGUUUUUGACCGUAUGAUUCGCUCUAUUGAUUCACAAUACCGUAUCAGACAGAUAGAUCCAGAUGUGGCUACAAUGACCAUCAUUACCGAUGAAAAUGAGGGCGUGAAAAGAUUGAUCGAAGCCCAACCAAUACAAGAUCGCAUCAUAUUCUUAUUCAUGGAUGAACAUAAGAAGAGUAUGCUCAAAGAGCGAUGGAGACAGAGGAGUUCAAUGACAAAUAAAAUAACACAAACCUAUCCAUCUCGUGCUGAUAAGUAUGUUCAAACUGGAAAUCGAGUGUAUGAUCAGCCACUCAAUUCAGAUGAAGAUUAUGAUAGUGAGUGGGAAGAUGAAGAAGAAAGUGAAGCAUCUUCAGGUGAAUAUGAUGAAGCUGGUAAUAAAAUAUUUCCGCCAAGUACAAAAAGAUACAUUUAUACGGUUUUUGAUUAA